AUGGACACCAAAGAGGAGCUUGGUGAAUGGGUUUGGAUCCAGCCAAAGCAUAAGCAUGAGUUUGAGCUACCGUUUGCUGGGCGUGUGCUUCGUACUCACGAGGGCCGCACCUUGCUUGCCAACGACGAUGGAGAAGAGUUCUGGGUUAAGGACGCUGAGAUAAUCAAACCGAUGCACGUGUCGUCACAGAAAACGGUGCACGAUAUGAUAACGCUGGGCGACCUCCAGGAGUACGCCAUACUGCGUAAUCUCAUCGUGCGGUACCGACAGAAGCAGAUUUAUACGUACACGGGCAGCAUGCUGGUUGCGAUAAACCCGUACGAGAUACUGCCGAUCUACACCUACAACGAGAUCAAUCUGUAUCGGGACAAGAAGCUCGGUGAGCUACCGCCGCACAUCUUCGCCAUCGGGGAUAGUGCGUAUCAGGAGAUGAAGCGCGAAAAGCGCGACCAGUGUAUCGUGAUCAGCGGUGAGUCGGGUGCGGGCAAAACCGAAAGCACCAAGCUGAUCCUGCAGUAUCUGGCCGCGACGAGCGGUAAGCAUUCGUGGAUUGAGCAGCAAAUUAUCGAAUCGAACCCGAUACUGGAAGCGUUCGGGAAUGCGAAAACGAUGCGCAACGACAACUCGUCCCGGUUUGGCAAGUACAUUGAUGUGCACUUCACGACCGAAGGUGCGAUCGGUGGGGCACGGAUCGAGCAGUACCUGCUGGAGAAAUCGCGCAUCGUGCGGCAGAACAGGGGCGAGCGCAACUAUCACAUCUUCUACUCGAUGUUGGCCGGCAUGUCGAAGGAGGAACGCAAACGGCUCGAUCUGGAGGACGCACCGAAAGGGUACGCGUAUCUGACGAGCGGCCAGACGCUGCUCUGCGAGGGACGGAACGAUGCGAAAGAGUUUGCUGAUGUGCGGUCCGCUAUGAAGGUGCUCGCAUUCGACGACCAAGAGAUCCAGUCUAUUCUGAGUCUGCUGGCGGCCAUCUUGCACAUGGGCAAUGUUAAGUACAAAGCGACCGUGGUGCAGAACAUCGACGCAGUGGAGAUCAACGACACGUUGAAUGUGGGGCGCGUUGCAGUGCUGCUCGGCGUUUCGAAGGCUCAGCUGCUGAGUGCUCUGACGCGCAAAACCAUUGUAGCGCACGGUGAGCGUGUUGUGUCGCAGUUGUCCAAGGAUCAGGCGUUGGAGGCGCGAGAUGCAUUCGUGAAGGCGAUCUACGGCAAGCUGUUCAUCACGAUCGUGGACAAGAUCAACAAGGCGAUCUACAAACCCUCGAACAAGGGACGACUUUCGAUCGGUGUGCUGGACAUCUUCGGGUUCGAACAGUUCGAGGCGAACAGUUUCGAGCAGCUGUGCAUCAACUAUGCGAACGAGAAUUUGCAACAGUUUUUCGUGAAGCACAUCUUCAAGAUGGAGCAAGCGGAAUAUGCCAGGGAGGGUAUCAACUGGACAACGAUCGAUUUCAUCGACAACCAGGAAAUUCUGGACAUGAUCGGCAUGAAGUCGCUUAACCUUAUGUCAUUGAUCGACGAAGAAACGCGCUUUCCCAAGGGUACCGAUUUGACGAUGUUGUCCAAGCUUCACACCACGCACGGCUCAAAAACGGUGUACGUAAAGCCAAAGUACGAUAAGGAUCCGGCCUUCGGUGUGCAGCACUUUGCGGGCGUAGUGUUUUAUCGUGUGGAAGGUUUCCUGGAAAAGAAUCGCGACUCGUUCAGUGCCGAUCUCAAGGAACUGGUGACGAAAAGCACCAACGAGUAUCUGGUGGCACUGUUCGGUACGGAUGAUUCGCUUGAUACGACCAAACGCUCGAUAACGUUGUCGCUGCAGUUUAGGAAUUCGCUCGAUUCGCUGAUGCGAACGCUCUCGUCAUGCCAUCCGUACUUUAUACGCUGCAUUAAACCGAACGAUGUGAAGCGGCCUAAGAUUAUCGAUAAGACGUUGUGCGUACGACAGCUGCGAUACUCAGGUAUGAUGGAAACGGCCAAGAUAAGACAGGCUGGAUAUGCAAUUAGGCACACGUACCGAGAGUUUGUCGAUCGCUAUCGACAUCUCGUGGCGGGUAUAGGGCCCGCGCACAGGGUAGACUGCGUGCAGGCCGCAAAAGAUAUCUGCAGGAAGGUGCUCGUCACCAUACCGGACGACUAUCAGUUCGGAAUGACGAAGGUGUUCCUGAAGGAGAGUCACGAUUAUCUGCUAGAAUCGGAACGAUCCCGAGUGUAUCUACACUACGUCGUUCUGAUACAGCGAGCAUUCCGCAGAGUGUUGUUCUGGAGGUAUUUGCGCCGCUAUCGCCAGGCAGCACUCACAAUACAGAAGCACUGGCGAGCAAGAGGUUACCGUGCGGACUAUCUGAAGAUGCGCAAUGGCUAUCGGCGCCUGCAAGCGGUAAUCAAGUCACGGUCGCAAACGUACGCUUUUGGACGACUUCGCGGAGCGAUCGUACAGCUGCAGGCACAAUGUCGUGGGUACCUGACGAGACGGAACCUGCGCGAUAGGAUCACGUACCGCGCGAGGCGCAUGAAUGAAAUCAUUGCGAUACAACGCACGGAAGAGUUGCAGUUCCGUAAGUCGGGCAAUGCGCGCUGGAAGGAGGACGCCGAGCACAACUACUGGUUGCGGGUGGACGAACUGAACCGGGAGAUGGCGUACCAGCAGGUGGACGUACGCCAGGCAACGGUGGUGUUACCGCAGCCCACCAUUAAUGUGGAGGAAGACAACAAGAUCGUGGACGACGUGUUCGGGUUUCUGGAAGGUACUACGAGCCCCGAGCCGGUACCGAAACGGAAUCCAUCGCUAGCCGGUGCUGAGCAACCUGAAGAGCCGGGUCAGCAAAACGAACAGGAGCAAACGGUUUCUUAUCGCGAGGAUUUAUCCGACUACAACUUUUCCAAAUUUGCGGCAACCUACUUUGCAAACAAUGCGUCUUAUCAGUUCAGCAAGCGAAAGCUUAAAUCCUCCCUGCUUGACCUCUACAGCACGGCUGAUGUUAUAUCCGCGCAGGCGCUUUGGAUCACAAUUCUACGAUUUAUGGGCGAUAUGGCGGAUGCAAAGUACGAAGAUGAAAGCGACGACUCAAAGCACAAACCAGUGAUGCAGCGGGUUUCCACUACGUUGGGGCGGAACUUUGCAAAAUCCAAAGACUUCCAAGCAUUCCAGGAGACGCUGUCCGAGCACGAUCGGAAGAUGAUACACCGCACGCUGAAGAAGAAGUCGAAAAUUCCUAACGAGCUGAAAUUGAUCAUGGAGAACAACGAGGAGAUUACGGACUAUCAGGAAUUUCUGAACAGUCGUAGCAAUAAUCUGGAUAAGUUGCACUUUGUAAUUGGACAUGGUAUCUUGAACAAAAAUCUGCGCGAUGAGAUAUUCUGUCAGAUUUGCAAACAGCUUACGAAUAAUCCGACCGCUACUUCACACGCCAAGGGUUGGAUCCUGCUGUCGCUCUGUGUCGGUUGUUUCCCGCCUUCGGAACGGUUCGAGAAGUAUUUGCGUUCCUUCAUCAGGGAUGGUCCGGAGCUGUACGCUCCGUACUGUGAGCAUCGGCUCGAUCGUACGCUUCAGAAUGGUACGAGACGCCAACCUCCUUCGUUGAUGGAGUUACAGGCGACUAAAACGAAAAAACCCAUGAGUGUUAGUGUGAUCCUGAUGGACGGUACUAAUCGAACCGUCGAGACAGACUCGGCCACGACGGCUGGGGAAUUGUGCGAGAAGAUAGGCGACCUGGUUGGGUUGAAGGAUCGCUUUGGGUUCUCCAUAUUCAUCACGAUGCAGGAUAAGGUGCUAUCGCUGCAAAGUGGCCGAGAGUUCCUGAUGGACGCCAUAUCGAACUGUGAGCAGUAUGCGAAAGAGCAAGGCCUUAGCGAACGGGCUGCCGAUUGGAAGAUAUUCUACCGCAAGGAACUGUUCGCACCGUGGCACGAUCCGGCGAUCGAUCCUGUCGCAACGGGGCUGAUUUAUGCGCAGAUAGCACGUGGAUUGAACUUGGGUGAGCUGGUCAGCAAUUCGGACAAGGAUCUGGCAAUGCUGGCCGCCCUGCAGUACUUCGCGGAGUAUGGUAGCGAGAUGAGUGCGAAGACACUGCAGGAGCGACUGAAAGACUUCGUACCGAGAAGCGUGCUACGCCCGGAGACGACUCCACGAUGGAUGCAGAUGAUAGAGACAGCGUUCAAGAAGAGUCGCUGUGUGAAGGAGUUCCUUCAGCGAGGUGUGGCCAAGGAGGACAUUGUGCUGUUUGCGAAGAUUACUUGGGGUAUGAUGUUUUCCCGCUUUUUUGAAGCCGUCCAGUCCGGUGGUCCAUCGCUCGCGGCGGCAAACGUUAUCAUUGCGGUCAACUGGUCCGGUUUGUUCUUUGUGGAUGAGCAGGAACAGGUGCUGGUAGAACUGUCCUAUCCUGAGGUGGUACACGUAAGCUGUGAGGAAGAUGGUGAAACGGAAGUAGGUACAUUGUACCUGGGCACGAUACAGGGCGAGGAAUUCAGCUUCAAAACUUUCGACGCACGCGUUGUGUCGGAGCUGGUUAACUUCAUCAUUGAGGGAUUGAAAAAGAGAAGCAUCUAUGCGGUAGUGGUACAGUCGUACAAAUCGGACACUACGGAUGAUACAGUGCUGACCCUUCUGAAGGGAGAUCUCAUUGCGCUUGGUCAAGGAUUUACGGGGGAAUCGAUCACGGCAGAAGAAUCCACCUGGGGUUAUGGAGAAUGCAACGGAAAGGCCGGUUAUUUCCCAACGGAAUCGAUCUAUGUUCUUCCCACGAUCAUGCCUCCAUCAGGUGUUGUGCUGAAUUUCUACAAGAAAGAAAAUGCUAUUAAAAGCCAGAAACACGCAGGUCCUAUUUAUAACACUAUCCAGAGAAAGAAGAUGCACACGCUGCAGCGGUUCGCCACGGAUCACUUUAGACCAGUAAUUGCAAAUAUGUCGUCAUCAACAAGCAUUAACAGUAUGCGCAAGUCUACGGUGGAAGAGCUGUGGAAGCAUACAAGGGAUCCGAUGAAGGCACCUCUGUUAGAGCGCCUUCAAAACGAUCGUGCCAAAUGUGACACUGCAAUGAUGAUUUUCACUCUAAUUCUAAAGUACAUGGGUGAUCUCCCAAAAAGCCGCGAUCAGAUCGAUGUCAGUAAAAUAUUCGCCCCAGCAAUGGCGGAUGAUCUGCUGCGGGAUGAGGUGUACUGUCAGAUUAUGCGCCAGCUGACCGAAAACAAGAUCCAAAUCAGUGAGGAGCGCGGUUGGGAUUUGCUGUGGCUUGCCACCGGUGUGAUGCUUCCCAGCCAGUCACUGCAGAAGGAGCUGUUCAUGUUUUUACGCACCCGCAAACACCCGAUCGCUGUGGACUGUUUGCAGCGGCUGCAGAAAACGAUCAAGGUGGGUUCCAGGAAGUAUCCGCCGUACAUUGUAGAAGUGGAAGCGAUACGUUACCGUACGGUGGAGAUCUAUCACAAGGUGUACUUCCCGGACGAUACCGACGAAGCAUUCCAGAUAGAGUCGUCCACGAAGACGAAGGAUUUAAUACAAACGAUCACCCGUCGGUUGGAGCUGAAGUCUAGCGAGGGGUUCAGUCUCUUCAUCAAGGUGAUGGAUAAGGUACUCUCGGUGCCGGAGGAUUACUUCCUGUUCGAUUUCAUCUACGAACUGUUGGAGUGGUUACGUGAGACACAUCCUUCGCGGUCGAACGAGAAUCGCAUCCAGUGCGAGUAUCAACUGUUCUUCAUGCGGAAGCUCUGGAUCAACGUAGUACCGGGACGGGAUCGAAAUGCGGACGAGAUAUUCCACUUCCAUCAGGAGGUGCCGAAGCUGCUGCAGGGCUACUAUCAACUCACCAAGGAGCAAGCCGUCGAUUUGGCGGCAUACAUCUUCUGGGCACAGUAUGAAGUCUCCGACCAGAUGCUGUUGGGUAAGAGCUUCCACGAUUUUCUUCCCAUGCUCGUUGCAAAGGAUGCAGAGCGGAUGCAAAAGCUCGAUCACUGGAAGCGGGAUAUCGUAGCGAAAAUCGAUUCCGUCAAGGGUAUCAGUGUGAGUGAGGCUAAGCUGGCAUUCCUGAAGCUCAUGCAGCAGUACCCGAUGUUUGGAUCAACGUUUUUUGUGACGAAACAAGCGACCGAUCAGAACCUACCCCCGACUCUGCUGAUAGCGAUCAAUCGAACCGGGUUCCACUUGAUAGAGCCGCACACGAAAGAGGUUCUGCACAGCUACAGCUACACGGAGCUAAACUUCUGGAGCUCGGGCAACACGUUCUUCCAUAUCAAGUUCGGUAACAUGAUGGGAUCGACGAAGCUGCUGCUGGAAACGAAGCAAGGAUACAAAAUGGACGAGCUGUUGGCGUCUUACAUACGUCACUUCAAGGCGCAAGCGCAGCGAAACUAAGUGUCGGCUGCAGAUUGGACCAAACGUACGCAAAAAAACAGGGCCACAGAUAAGGAAAGAUUAAGGACACGCAAACCGUUUAAUUUAGUCGUAAUGCUUUAUUGUACAGCCAAUAAAA